AUGGCUUCGACCGAACGGAUGACGUCCCCGACGUUGGCCGCUGUCGCUCCACCACCACCAGCAGCAACAGCAGCAGAGCCGUCGCCCCCCGCAGUAGCAAUAGCCUCAGCCACAGCAGCGCCAGUCAAGAAGCGCAAGGCCAGCGGCGCGCCCUCUGGUUGCCGCGAGACCGGCAGCACGUCGACGCACUGCUCGCUCUGCGGCUUUGGCGCCUCGACGCUCGACCACCUGCUCACACACGUGCGGGAGGCGCACGACCGGAGCCACGAGGCCGCGUCGCCAAUGGCGCUGCCGCUUCAAGUGGCCCAGAUGGUGGUCCAACGAGCUCUUGACCAGGCAGCUCUGGGAGGCGCCACGAGCGCGUGGCUUAGCGACAUGCAGCACGAGUUUGCCGCCGCAGCUGAGUUGGCGACAGCACUCGAGCGACGCGACGCGCACGGAGUGGCCACAGCGGUCGGGCGCCUGCACGGCGGCACGCGGUCGGGAGACGAGCGGACGCUGUCGGCGACGCUGCAACAGGCCGCGCAGAUCUUGCUCCGGUCACUGCCUGCAGCACCGACAGGGGCCGACGCCUCGUCGGUGGCCGUUGUGGCGAUCAAACAGGAGGAGAAGGAGGUGUACAGUGAAGCAGGUGGAGCUGUUGCUGGCGCUAGAGCCGGAGCAAUAGAUGUAGACGACGCUGCAGAGGGACUACUGCCAAAGGGAAAAGACUCGAGUAUCCACGAAGCUGAAGCCGCACAGGCGCUCACGGGGCUACGGGCUACAGCCUCGAGCAGCGCGACGACGACGGAAGCCACGAUGGCUGCAGCUCCGGUGGCGACAGCGACUUCGUCUGUGUGGCCGCCGGCUGCACCAAAGCCGACUCCAAUGGCUCCUCAAGCCUCGUUCCCGUCGUUCACGCUCGGUUCGCCGUUGAGUAUCACUGCGCCGACCUUGCAACUGAGCAGUCCCCACUUUCCGUCGUCCGACGGCGUGUACACUGGUGCUAGUGCUCGACGGUCGCCGGGUACGCAGUCGUCGUUGCCAAGCCUAUUUGCACGGAGUCUGUUGGCACCGCUGGCGUCGCCGUCCAGCGUCGCGGACCCCGGGAACGGCUUGGCGCAAGGUGUGGCGACGGACACGGGUUACAUGAACCCCAUGAUGGUCACGGACCACCGCAACUCGUUGGGUUCGACGCUUCGACCCGAGCCGACGUCAGCAUUUCUCACGCCAGUGUACUACUCGUCAUUCCCCACGUUUUCGACGACUACUGCUGGCGCCAUGCACGGCACACCGACGAUGAAUCGACCGACGUUGGCGUCCCCCGUCAAGCGGAAAAGUAUCACAUCGAAGCAGCUCAUAGUACGAUGCGAUGCGGAAGUCGCAGCUGUCCGAGCCGCCACGUCCACAGCUGCAGGAGCCGACACAAGUGGGCUGGCAUCGCUCGGAUCGAUUUCAGUGUCGGGGACACCCACGACGCCUGCGACCCGCAAAGCCACUCCUCGACGCUGGACCAAGGAAGAGGACGACGCAUUACGUUCGGCUGUGGAGAACCACCGCGAGAAGAACUGGAAGGCGAUCGCUGCGCAAGUACCUGGUCGCAACCACACGCAGUGUCUUCAGCGAUGGACGAAAGUGCUGGCUCCAGGUCUUGUGAAAGGCCACUGGUCGCCGCACGAGGAUGAGCUGCUGCGACGUCUCGUAGCGACGGAGCAGAAGAACUGGGGCGACGUGGCCUCGAAGAUUCCGGGCCGCACGUCGAAGCAGUGCCGGGAGCGCUGGCACAACCAUUUGGAUCCGCAGAUCGUGCGCGGCGCCUACACUCCCGAGGAAGACCGUCUGAUCCUCGAGGCACAAGCGCGAUUGGGCAAUCGCUGGUCCGUCAUCGCCGCCAUGUUACCGGGACGGACUGAAGACGCUGUCAAGAUCCGCUGGAAGUCGCACUGCCGCUUAUGGCGGGCGCGCAAGUACUUGCGGAAGAACCCCAACAGCGACGUCGACAUGAUGAGCGAACCGACGCAGACGCCGCGAACGCCGUUAGUGCCUCCGACGGGCGAUUUCAAGUGGCCCGUGCCCUUUCCGUGUGGUGCCGUCGACGAGCACGAGUCAAAUGCGGGCACUGAUGUGAUGGGGCGAGCCGACUAA